UAUUGCUAGCUUUGCAUGACUUCCCGCCAUCAAUCAAAUCGAGAAAAGAGACUCGGCUGUUGUGAUCAAGUAUGGCUGGCAUUGACUCAUCGAUCCACUCGCAAAAACUAGAAGGAGAAACUUCUUCGACUUCUUCAUUUUCAAACCUUGAACUAGUGAUUUUCCAAUGUGUGAAAUGCAAUUCAAUCAUUGGAGACUCGAUGUCAUGGGUAGCCGCCACAAAGUCACUUCGUUCAAUAACUCUUGCAAGUGCCACUAAGUGUGUUGGUGUGAAGCAGACAUUACAAGUUGGAGAAUCAGGUGUAGACCAUGGAAGCAAUUUCCACAUGGUGUACUGUAUGGGGUGUGAGACAGUGUUAGGGAAGAAGUAUGUGGCAUCAACCCCAGAGCUGGAUCAUCUCCGUGGAGGAUUCACAUUCUAUGUGGAAAAACUAAACAGCUAUGAGGUUGGCAGUACUGCAGUCCCUGGGUCUACAGGUAGAGACCUGACCAACAAGGCACUGGAUGAGCGAAUACAGAAGACUCAGUCCAUGCUAGAGAAUCUCGAGAGACGUUUAAAGGAGAUCGAAGCCCUAGUGUUGUCUCCGUCAAAGCGUAAAAGUCAGCUUCCCUGCAGAACAAGCCAGGAAAACGCGCUUUCAGAAUGCGUAGAAACUGACAGUGUAUCUUCCACAGACGUUGGUGCCCAUUCCGAUGGUGGAAUGAUUCAGUCUGAUGCAGGCUUGCGCAACUAUGCAGGCUAUUCAAGGGCAGUCACUCUUCAGGACUCGAAGAAUUCAGCUGCCAUGCUGACCUCAGAUUCUGAGGAUUCAAGUAAACGAUUCAAGAGAAAGCGAAUGGCUUGACAUUUGCUCUGUUUUCUGAAACUGUUGAUAAUGUUUUAAUGCCCAAGAAAGGUGUUCAGAGGCAUACAGGGAUACUGUUGAUAAAGUUUAUAGUUGUCUUUUGAAACUGUUAAUACUUUUUAUUCCCCAGGAGGGAUUUCAUAGGGAUAUGUUAAUCCCCUCUGUCUAGCUUUUUGUUAUGAGUAUAACUUAAGUGUACAAGCACCAUAAAUCUUUAAUAUGGACAUAAUUGGCGUCCCCGCACGCCAAUAAAUUAAUUUUCCCGUGCAAGAAUUACCCUAUUUCAAUUGAAUAAAUUGAUUAUGUUCAUAAAAAUAAUUUAGCGAUCUUUUGUGUGUUUCUUAAUAUUUUGACAUCAAGUAAAGAAACAGGUAUCUUUAGAGAUUUCAAAAGUAUAGAUUAGCAAAGUCCAGGUGGUUGAUUGGGCGGACAGAAGGUGGUAAACAAUGUAUGUGAAAGUGUUGAACUGUUAUUUAAACUUUGCAUUUUGGACAUAUUUUCUUUAUAAGUUCUUGGCCAAUUUUAAUACUAGUUGACACAAAUGUUCCUUGGAUUUACUUUUACCAAAUAUUAGCCUAUUAUUGCAUAAACUCUAUCUAUAAUGCCCUGUGGCGGGGUGCAGAAACUUUGCAAAAGGAGGGCUUGAACGGGCGAAAUCGUGUAUUAACAAUGCAAUUCACGUGCCAUUCAAGCUCUGUUAUGUGUUUUUCAUAUCCAUAAUCUGGUCCACGCGCAGUUACUUCCCUUCUCCAGCCUUCGACGGCUUUCCAAGCAUAAAUGGGGAACUGAAUAAGCACCAGUUUCUUCAUGCAUGCAGGGAUAAUGACUAUUUCAAUCCUCUUUUCAAGUUAUACCAUCUGCACUCUCUUGACAACAGCUUUAUUUUAUUGGCAACGUCAAUGAACUUAAGGUUAUUUACUCAACACUUUCAAAAGACUAUGCUGUAAAUGUAAGUGUUGAUGUACCUUCAACGUUCCUACUGUAAAUUCCAAAAUAAUUCCUCAUUUCUUACUUUGCGUGGCUGCAUUUCAACUUUGCAUUAAUCCACUGUUUAAACACAUUUUAAAUUGAAAACUGCCUAUCCGAAGGUAAAGCCUCAUCAUUUCGGAUGAUGACUGAGUGAGGCAUAUGUAAAACACAACCUUGAACUGUAGUGAAAUAAUCAAAUUAUUUUGUCGAUGUCGAAUGAACAAAACAUAUUGUUUUCACUGUUAUUUAAAAUUAUUUUUGUAUGUGUGAUUUGUUUAUGAAAUAAUAGCGAAAAUACACAUUUUCUCGGACAUGAUCAUCUGCGGGCGCUCUCAAAAUCCGUUCCAGGAACGGAUUUUUCGAGCGCCCGCAGAUGAUCAUACCCUCGAAAACGUAUAUUAUCCCUAUAUUGUUCCUUUAUACUGCACGAUAUGCUUGCCAUAGCUAAAAAAAGAAAUGUCUUUGACAACUUUUUUCUAAACCUAUGAUUAGAUGUUUUAUAUAAUUUCACACCCGUGUUUAUUCAGUGGUCCUCUGCCAAAACUAUUUUAAAAGUUUUGCUUUAUUGCACACAUUUGUCAUUUGAGCUAAUUAUACAAAUUAUUUCAAGUUGUGUAUAUUUUACAUAUUGUUUAAAGUUUUUGGCCUAUCUUCAUGAAAGAUACACACAUGUUCGUUGGAGGGUCCUUCAGAAAGCUUGUGCACAUGGUUGAACAUUAACAAAAUAGAAAUACAUACUAAUCAUGAACCCUCAUUGGGAUCAUAAAAAAUCCGGAUAUAACACUGCAUUUUCUUUUUAUUUAUCAAAAUGCAUAUUUGGGGGCAUUCUUCACUAACAGAAAUAACACGUGUUCAUAACUGGUAUCUUUUAAUCAUGUUUGUUGAUAUUUCAGUGUUAAUUUUUUUUCUUUCCAGGCGAUGAUGUUGCACAUGGUAUCUUUAUUAUCAUAAUUAAUAUGUCAAAAAAUUCAAGGCAAUUACAAAAGUUUUAUUUGAUUGAUUAAAGUAAUAAAAUAAUUGUUACAA